AUGUUGCAGACAAAACAAAGGUGUGGCUCGCGCUCAUCUCUAGCUAGUCUAGUUUAGUUUUUACAUCCUCUUCUCCUGCACCUACAACAACUAAUAAUGCAAGUUGCUAGGGAAUUAGCUGAUUUUAGUCAAACUGAUUUAGUAGAAGGACUACCGCAGCAUCAUAGACUGAGAGAUGGACCAGGAGGGAUAGGAGCUCAAACUGGAGCUCUGACUCCAAAACGAACUAAAAAGAAAAAGAAGAAGAAGCAGCCGCAAAGGGAAGACUCGGAAGAUGAUGAAAGAGGAGGGGGAGCUGGAGUGAGACGACAGCAUAGUCUUAGAGAAAUGUUUCCAUCGACAAGUAGAAACUUUAAAUUGGAGCAUGUAGCAUCAAUUGUGUUUCAAGAAAAGAUAAAAUCUCAAGAGAAACUAGCUAGAAAGCUCUCCCUGCUAUCAGCAAAACAGCGACUAUCAAGCCGUCAAGUGUUCUUCAUACUAACAGAUAAAGAGAUACGUGUCAAAGAAGCCAAUACCACUGAUCUAUUAAUGAUGCUACCGUUCGCCAGUAUUAUAUUCUGUGCUCACUUCCAUUUGUCAGGAGAACUCUCAAACAUUUUGAGUCUUUUUGUUCGUAACGUCACAGAGGGCGGAGACUAUCAGGCUCACUUCUUUAAAUGUGCUAAUACUCCUGCACCUGCUAUUGCUGAAUUGAUAAACGUUGCAAUGACAAAUGCUAAACAACCAAGCAGACGCACAUCAUACAGAAAUGACGAUCAUGAUGAGCUGAACCCAAUGUCCCACUCCAUGACGCGAGACAUGAUUGAUGGGGAUAACUGGGGCAUUGGCUCACCCCCUCGGUCUCCCACUGGCCCCACCAUUCAGCCACUGCGAACUAUGUCGUUAACCAACCAGUCGCCUAACGCUUUCAUACAAAUGAGAGGACCUACAGGACAUGGAGGAGGAGGAGGAGGAGGAGGAAGUAAUCCUGGGGUAGUUGUGUCUCACAUGACUUCAAGCACUGAUCAGUUGGCAAGGAGAGAUGUGAGCAGUAGUCCAGCAAUAUCAGCUGAUAUUGGGAGGCAGUUAAGACCAUCUUCUGCUGGGAGCAAUUCUGCUUCAUCUCCAAACCAAUCUGGUAAUGCUCACUUGCUUCACCCACGUACGGCCCAGUUGCAGCACGAGGGGAUGAACCCGUCCCCACGUACUGCUAGAAGACUAGGGGAAAUGGUUGCAAAGACAACCAAUCAGUACACAGAGUCUGUUCUCUCUCGGUCUGCCGGGGGAGAGAGUAGGAGCAGCAGCGAUAUUAGGAAGACUAUGAAAGCUUCUAAAAUACAGCACGAUGUGGAUUUAUUAAACCACACAAUUGAUGACCUGGAGCAAUUCAUGCGACUAUUGUAUGAAGUUUCUUCAGCAAAAAAAGAAUUGGACAAGAAAUUGUCAAAGUCACCAAAAAAGAAGAAAAACGAUAGUGCAUUGGUAGCAUUGAGACAGAGGGCCCAGCUCCCUCCCGAUGCUGAAUUCAUUUUAGCUUAUCAAAAAGUAAAGUUUGCCCUCAACUUGAUAGCAAAGCUUGGACACCAUCUUCAGAACCCACCAGCUGACAAACUAGCUGAGGGAUUCUUUCAGUACCUUAGAGAGUUUACCAAGAAGAACAAGGGUAUUAGCUUAGCGUCAUCAGUUCAGAUUCCGCUCCUGGAAAAAAGAACCAUUAAUUUCCUGAUGAAAGUACUAACAGCCAGAGACCAGGGACUCUGGGGAGAGCUCGGAGGCAACUGGAAAAUACCAAAGGAGCAAUGGCCAGGAGCUGUCGAAGAGUACGAGAUUAUCUUUUAUGACGGGUGCACCUUCGGUCGUUUGCAUAACUUGAGUGACCGUCCGUCCAAUUUCCCAACACUGGAUACCCUCCCUCGCUCCCAGUGGCCCCCUAAUUACUCUGACGCUUACGACAGCAAAGAGAUGAGUGGGUCACACUUGAGGAUCAAUCACAAUGUAGAGGGAGCUGUCGCUAACACUGCUCAAAUGAUUGCCAGUGGCCAUUCUGUACCACCUAAUAUGGGGAUGACUUGGGAAGCACAGCAUCCUACUUCUCCACCACCGAAUGCCAUACCCCAGUCUGUGUAUCAUUCUUCUACUCAUUCUCUGACCUCCAAUGGAUCCGGUGCUGGAGGUAAAAGGUACCUUAAGGUGAUUCAAAACUAUAACGCGGCCGGUCUUGAUGAGUUGAACUUGAGGAGAAGUGAGAGGGUGGAGAUAUUGAAUGAUACUGGGCCUCGCUGGUUGGUUAAGAAUAGAAUGGGAGAGCAAGGAUAUGUACCACUACAGCUACUGGAGGGAGCCACAAUCAGAGAUCAGCAAAGCAGUACAGGAUUUCCAAGGGAAGCAUGGGACAGAGAAACAUACCUCAGUGAACCUACUAGUAUGCAACAAAGAUUAGAAACAGUACAGGAAUUAUCAGAAUCUCGUCCAUCCACUUUUGGCCGUACAUCAGGUCCUCCCCCUGUCCCUCCAGCUGGGGUACCUCCCCCUCCUCCUCCUCCUCCCCCUGGACCCCCUCCUCCUUCAACGACUCUGCCUCCCCCUGGAGUACCACCACCUCCUCCUCCCCCUCCUCCCCCUGGAAGACUAACAUUGCAGGAACAAAUUGCACUCUCUAAGCAAAAACUAGCAAACAAAACCGGUGAAGGUGGUGGGAGUGGUCCAGCUCCAAAGCCGCCAGCUGGAGGUGGAGCCAGCAAUGAACCUGUUGACAUUGUAGCAGCACUCAAGCAAAGAAAACCGCUUCGUAAAACAUCAACAGCUGUGUCUUUGGAAAUUGAGAAAACAACUGAAAAUCCACCAAAUGAGCUUCAGUCACGACUAGCAAAUAGGAAACAAACUAUUGGAGAAGGAGAUAAGGAAUAUUAUUUGUUGCCAUGGGAUGGAAAAUUAGGUGAUGUCAAUGCCUGGCUAGAGCACCAUGGAUAUGGAAGUCAGGUUGGUGUAUUGGUUGUGAGGAGUGCUGAAGAACUGUAUAAAAUGGAUAAAGAUGAGCUGAGAGAUAUAUGUGGGGGCAGAGAUGGAGUCCGCCUUUUCAGCCAGCUACAAAAAGACAGAGCAGAAGCAGCUAAAAGAGCAGGAUCUUCUGACAGUCAAAGCGAGCUGCAGAGACGACUUGGUCAAAGGAAGUCAAAAACUGACACAAUAAUGAAAGCAGCCUCUGCAUUUAAGAGUGGAACACGCAAAGGACUAUCUAAAAUAGAGGAAGAUGAUGAAGAUGAAGAAUUGGCAAAUAUACCACAGUGGAAGAAAACGUUGUUGAAAAAGCAAAGGAAGAAAGAAGAGCGCUCACCGUCACCCGAGAGGAGGAGAGGGGGGAGGAAAGAUAAGAAGAGUAGUGGUGGACGAAGCAGCAGGCGUCAAGACUCCGAGUCUGACGAUGAAAGAGAUAAAAAGAAGAGACACGGGAGGCGCUCUCGUCGUCAAGAUGAUGAAAGCGAGGAAGAGGAAAAAGGAAAGAAGAAAGAUAAGAAUAAGAAGAAGUCUCGUGACUCGAGUAAUGAGAGGAAGGGUAGGAAAGGAAAGAAAAAGGAUAAAUACGAGUCUGAGUCGGACGAGAGCCCAAAGAGAAAAGGAAACGAAAGUGAAAGUUAUUCUGAUAGCGAAAGUGAUUCCUCUGACUCGGAGAGUGAAGAGAAGAAGAGGCCAACAGGAGCUGGUCUCUCUGGAGCAGCCUGGGCUCUGGGUGAAGGAGACAUGGAUAAUCUAGACACAAGAAUUAGAGAGCAGCAGCUUCAAAUACAACAAGAGCUCUCAAAACUGAACAGACUCCAGAGAGAGAUUGGACUAAAGGCACUGCCUUCCUUACAACAAAAGGUGCUCCAGGCCGAUCUAACUAAACUGCAAAACCUUCAAACACGUCUUAAAGACUCUCCGGAUAAUCGUGAACUACAAGUACAGCUGGUAGGACAGCAGAUGAUGCUCACUGAGCACUUGUUAGAGAUACAGGAGUCACUCUCUCAUGCUUUACCUGAUGUAGAGGACCAGUUGGGACAGAUGAGUAGCAACAGGAUGAAGCAUAGUGCAUCAAAUACCAGCAUUGGAGCUAGUGGACAGCAACAGUAUGUCCAACAGCCACAACAGCCAGUCAUUCAACAGCAACAACCAGCCAUUCAACAACCAGUCAUUCAACAGCCACCAGUGAUCCAGCAACAGCCUGUAAUCCAGCAACAGCCUGUGAUCCAGCAGCAACCAUUCUAUCAGCAGCCAGUAGUGCAGCAGCCUCCAAUGCUACCAUAUCAAGGCCUAUCCAUGAGUGGGUAUGACCCAAUGAUGAACAUGAUGCAGCAGCAGAUGAUGGCUGCUACAAUGAGGCAGACACAAGAUAUGUUAGCUGAGCACCAGAGGCAGCAGAUGCUAGCUGCUGAGAGACGUAGGCAGCAGUUAAUGUUUGGAGCUGCUGCUGGCCUUGGAGGCUCCUUCCUAACUCCAUCCAUACCACCAUUACUCUAA